AACACUCCAUUGCACCUGAAGGCCACCUAAUUGAAAGCAUAUGAGUGGGCAGGUGUGUGGUGUUUAAGGCCUCCCCUCCAGCAGCCUGCAGCUCACUGGUGUUGUGUCAGAGGACCCAGGAGGUUUUCUACUGAAGAUGUGUGGGCUGCUCACCGGACUGCUUAGGCCUCAACUGGCUUCUCUCCCGAGGGCACGAGUCAUGAUUCAACAAAAAGCAACUUACAUCCACGGCAAACCGCCUAAAAAUAAAGUCGGUGCACUGGAGACUGUGUUCGUGCUGACUGUGAUGACUCUGACAUUGAUGGUGCCCUCUGGUUGGGUACUGGCGAACCUGGAGGGCUACAAAACCCGGAAGUGACGAAUGCGGCCUUUGAAAGCAUCGUCUUCACCUGUGAAAGCCACGUGUUUGCUGUCAUGUGUCAUUUGAACCUUUUGUGUGAGUCUCGGGGACGUGAUAAUACAAUAAAAUCAAGUUUCUCAAUUUAACUCGUCUUUUUAAAAAAAUCAAAUGCUGCAGUUCUCCCUGCGGACCAGUAGGUGUCGGAAGCUGUAGGCGGAAGUGAAACCUUGAUCUGUGUGUGAGCUGAACUCGCUGCAGCGUCUCUUCAGAAUAGUCACAACAGAGACUAUCUGUAGAGCUUCAUCAGCCCGGGACUGUGUUUUCUGGGUCCAGCUAAUGUGUCUUUCGAAUGCACCAUGAAGCCGCAGCUGACCGGGACGAAGACACGCUCCCCCGCCACACAAGCGGCCGCAGAUGAGGCUGCUCUGUCCCUGGAAGAGGAGCUGGUCGCGGCCAUACACGCAGCUUUCGAGGUGGCCGUGCAGAUCGCAGUCAGCGAGGUGAAGAAGCUGCUGGGUCAGACGACGGGCGACACGUACGAGGACGUGCGACGGGAGAACGAGUCCCUCAGGCGGAGGCUGCAGAGAGCUGAAGCCAUGUUGGAGCCCGCGUGCGUCCUGGAGAGGAGUGGAGUCCCUGUCCCGUGGACUGAUCACCCGUCUCCAGCUAAAUUCAGUCCUGCAGCGGUCGGUGUGCACAGUUGUAGAGGGAUCACAGGUGAGGCUCCCCCUGCCUGUCACGGCUGUGCACAGCAGCCUGAGAGCAGACACGAGGAGAAGAUAUCAGCUGAUGUGAGGCUGCAGCUCGUCAGUCAUGCAGCUUCAGAGCCAGAGGAAGAACUUAGUAAUGCAUGUACCAGUGAAGUCACUCAAGCAAUUUCCCAUGUAAGUGUGGUGAAGGCAGAAGGCGUCAAGCAGCCCUGUCAGGAGACGACUGCUCACCAUGUGGCUCCACUCCCCAGCAGUGAUGCAAUGUCCCCUUUAGACCAGAUUACAGUAAAGCAGGAGAAACCUGAAGAAGAAGAAGAAGAGGAGGAGGAUAGAGAUAGUUUAGUUUGCUGUUUAGACUCGAUCAAAGUGGAGGAUUUUAGCCUGGAGUCUGUGUCCGAGUGGGAACAAGAUAUGCUGGAUACUCCGAGCCAAGACCUGAACCCCCAGCCGUCCUGCACCAGGACUCAGGCUCAUCCUCCAAACAUGACCCCAGGCCUUCCACCGCCCACAGAUCUUCCCUCCCUCUCUUCUGAGUUUCCCAUCUUCCAGCUGGAAGAACCGGCUCCGAUCCCAGAGCUUCGUCCACAGACUUAUGGAGUCCACAUGAGGACCACCCACACCAUCGGCAACAUGUACUCCUGCAAGCUCUGCGGCCAGACCUUCCACCUGCCCAGCUUGCUGCGGCGGCACUCUGGCCAGUGCCAGCAGAAGCACCAGCAGCGUUGUCCGCCGCCCACAGCUGGAAGGAAGAGGAGCAGACUGCAGCUUUACCCUCCGGGCUGCAGCCCCUUCCGCUGCACAGAGUGCAACCGAGACUUCAACCGCCUGGAGAACCUCAAGACCCACCUCCGCAUACACACAGGAGAGAGACCAUACACCUGCUCCGUGUGCUCCAAGUGCUUCCGUCACUCUGGUGCAUUAACCAGGCACUUCCGUAUCCACACUGGAGAGAAGCCGUACGUCUGCGGACAGUGUGGGAAGUCGUUCAGAAACUGCGGGGGACUUAAAUUCCACCAGCGUGCACACAACAAGCAGCUACAGUGAAGAGGGACUAAAUGGUAUCAAGGUCUUCAGGACCAACCUAUUUAUGUGUGAUACAAACAGCAGAUUUUCUUUUUGGGUGCGAUCAUUUUAUGUUUUAAAAUCUAUUUUCACAGGUUCAUGACACUGAUGGAAAUUCCUGGGCAGACAUGAUAUAUCCCUCACACACAUAGUAGCCUAUAAGAGCAUUGAGAAUUUAAUUCUAUAAACAGACAAAAAUGAGCAAAGUGCCAACAACAGUCCCACUCUUUCAUUAAGUCUAUCAACAUGUCAGUGCUACAUCCGAGUGACUGAUGACCGCUCCUAACAGGGUCUUUCCUGUUCUGUCCCACUUUUUCUGCCAAGUCUCCCCUUUGACAUUACAGCUAUUUAACGGCUCUCACCCAGAAAGCAGCAUCGCAGCAAAUUAUUAUUGAUCUGCUUCAUUUCAGUGGUGAUGUUCUGUGAUUUAGUGUCCUCUUGGUAGAAAAGGACAAAGUCUCUUGUUCGGCUAUUUAGCUGCGUACUGUCCACAUUAAUAAUUUAUUGAUAAUAUGUGGAAGCUUUUAAUGCAUUUGUAAAUGUAAAUGCCAUUUAUUUUAAGGAUAUUAUGAUUAUAAAAUUAAAUCACUGAGUCAGGUUUUUUUUUCUUUUUUGCGGCCAAUCUUGUUUUUCUAAUCAUUUAUUUAUGUGCAUAAUUUAUACAAACCAGCAUCUAAUUUUGACAUUAUACAGAAAAUUGGCCAGAAAGCAAACAAAGGAUGUAUCAUUUGUUGUAUUGCACAACAAAUGUAUGGCUUCCACUCUCAUUCAUAUAUAUAUAUAUAUAUAAAGCCUUUUUAAUAUUUGAUUUAGUUAGAUGUGGGAAUUUAACUAUAUUUACUAAAAUCACUGACACCAGAUCAACCUGUUCUCUGCAGAAUCACAGUCCACCUCAAGGUGUCAGUUGUUCCCUGUGUACCAAGUGUUCAGAGUCAGAUAUAUGUAUUCAUUUGCUUUUAUGUAAUGUCUCAUUGUUAUUGUUCCUAUCUUUAAGUACUGCGUUUACAUGAUGCUGUCUGCUUAUUGCUUUUAUCAGUGUGAAUGCAUUUUUCCAUUUACGCCAUAAGAUCCUGGGUCUGCUUCGUCUGUCAAAACAUUUUGUAAACCCUGUUUUAAAAAAGUUAUUAGUUUAAACAGCAACGGUAUUUGAAAAAAUUAAUUUUGAAAAGAACUGCCUGGUACAGAUUUGCAAAGAGAAUGAAAACGUGAUGAUCUGCCAUUUCAGAGGACAUCUCACGAAACAGUAAAGAUGCCAAGGGCACAUUCAGAUAACCUAUAAAAGGCAACAAAGACCAUAUCAUACAUAGACUAUUCAGGUUUAGAAUGUAUUUUACACCCCAUUAGUCUCAUUACCAAUAAACAAUAACUGAUCCUUGCAAAA